AUGACGCAGUCAGUCUUUAAAAACUUUGAUAAUCGAGAGUUUAGACCAGAAACGUCACUUGGUGUCAUUGGAAUUCCUAACUUCCCAAUCUCGGCCCAGCAUCUUGUCAUUCUUCAUUACUUCUUCUUUAUUCAAAAGUUGGGCCGGUGUGUACUUUCCACCCUCAAUCUCGAAUGUAGGAUAUCCCGUAGGUGGCGAGGUAUCUUGAUAGUGGAUAAGCUUAGGGUUGUUACUACCACUACCAUGUCAAACCGCUCGAGCCCUCCAUUUGUCCUAUAG